AAUCCAGCGUAUCCACACAUCCAAACGAAAAGGUCCGUGGUUCCGCCACGUGUCCGAGGAGGUGGUUACGAGGUGCAUGAGCUGCACUGUUGCUGGUAGUGGACGAAGAGACCAGAGAACGAAUAAGAAAUUCAGAAGAAGAAGAAGAAGAAGAACGAACGACAAUGAAUGUGGUGAGCGCUUUAAUGGUGACUCGGUUGCUGACUCGGAAUCAACUCGGAGCACCUGAAGGCAUACCCUUCGGAUCGGUGUGGUGGUUCGUUUACGCCGGGAUCUCCUUUUUCCUCGUCAUCUUCGCUGGAAUCAUGUCAGGUCUAACCCUAGGUCUCAUGUCUCUCGGCCUCGUUGACCUCGAGAUUCUUCAACGCAGUGGUUCUCCAUCCGAGAAGAAACAAGCAGCGGUUAUACUUCCUGUGGUUCAAAAGCAACACCAGCUGCUAGUGACUCUGCUUCUGUGUAAUGCUGCUGCCAUGGAGGCCCUUCCGAUAUACCUAGACAAGAUGUUCAAUCAGUAUGUUGCUAUCAUUCUCUCUGUGACAUUCGUUCUGUUUUUCGGGGAGGUUAUUCCACAAGCAAUUUGUAGUAGAUAUGGCCUUGCUGUAGGCGCUAACUUUGUAUGGCUUGUCCGAAUAUUAAUGAUUAUCUGUUACCCAGUUGCUUAUCCCAUUGGAAAGGUUCUAGACUGUCUAUUGGGGCAUAAUGAGGCUUUAUUUAGGCGAGCUCAGUUAAAAGUUCUUGUCUCCAUCCACAGCCAGGAGGCUGGGAAAGGUGGUGAGCUUACGCAUGAUGAGACAACAAUCAUUAGUGGAGCUCUAGAUUUGACUGAAAAGACUGCUGAAGCGGCCAUGACUCCUAUUGAAUCAACUUUUUCUUUGGACGUUAAUUCAAAAUUGGACUGGGAGGCAAUGGGGAAAAUUCUUGCUCGUGGGCACAGCCGAGUUCCCGUCUAUUCUGGAAAUCCAAAAAACAUUAUUGGGCUUCUACUGGUCAAAAGUCUUCUCACUGUACGACCUGAAACAGAAACACCCGUCAGUGCUGUUUCCAUCCGGAGAAUCCCACGAGUUCCAUCAGAUAUGCCUCUUUAUGAUAUACUGAAUGAGUUCCAAAAGGGCAGUAGCCAUAUGGCUGCUGUUGUUAGGGCUAGGGGGAAAGGAAAAACAAUUCCUGAAACAACUGAUGAAGAGACAUAUGAAGAAAACAAAGGGGUUGGUGGGGAUUCACAAUUGACUGCUCCAUUACUACAGAAGCAGAAUGAGAAGUCGGAAAGUUUUAUUGUUGACAUUGACAAGUUUUCAAGGUCUCCAAGCAUUAACAAAUCAACUGGUUUGCAACGUAGUGAUUCCACAAGAAAUGGUUCCUUUUCAGAUAAUAUUGAAGAUGGUGAAGUGAUUGGUAUUAUCACUUUAGAAGAUGUAUUUGAAGAACUUUUACAAGAGGAGAUAGUGGACGAGACAGAUGAAUAUGUUGAUGUUCAUAAGAGAAUACGUGUGGCUGCAGCUGCAGCUGCUUCCUCUGUGGCUCGGGCUCCAUCAAUCCGAAGAUUGACUGCCCAAAAGGGAGCAGGAGGUCAAAGCAAGCCAGGGCUAACUCUGAAGAAAUCUGCAGAGGAUGGAUCGAAUACAAGGUCACAGUGAGCUCGUUCUUAUGGGGCUACUCUUCGUACUUUUUGUGUAUAAAGUAUAAAGUGUAUAUAUACAAAAGGGUGUUCAUACAACGGUUAUAAAUGUUACACUUAUGGUUAAUCUCUACCUUUUUUCUAACAAAAUGUCUUUUCACUUUA